AUGGCGGCCCGCGGCACGGCGAGGCGGGGGACCGGCGCGGGGGUGGCCCGCGGGCCCGACCCGCAGGAGGAGCCGCCGCCGCCGCUCCAGGCCGUGCUGGUCGCCGACAGCUUCAACCGCCGCUUCUUCCCUAUCUCCAAAGACCGGCCGCGGGCUCUUUUACCUAUGGCAAAUGUGGCCAUGAUUGACUAUACCUUGGAGUUCCUAACAGCAACUGGAGUGGAAGAAACCUUUGUUUUCUGCUGCUGGAAGUCAGCUGAGAUAAAAGAGCAUUUACAAAAAUCUAAGUGGUGCCGCCACACUUCUCCCAACACGGUGCGCUUUGUGACUUCUGACCUGUACCGCUCCCUUGGUGAUGUGCUACGAGACGUUGAUGCCAAGUCCCUUGUUCGUUCCGACUUCAUUCUCGUCACUGGAGAUGUGGUGUCCAAUUUCAAUAUAUCGAAAGCCCUGGAAGAGCACAAGUUGCGUCGUAAGAUGGAAAAGAAUGUUUCUGUGAUGACGAUGAUAUUCAAGGAGUCCUCACCUGGUCACCAUGCCAGGUGCAAAGAGGAUGACAUUGUUAUUGCUAUGGACAGUGCCACAAACCGUGUCCUUCACUACCAGAGAACACAGGGGCUGAAACGCUUCCGCUUUCCUAUGAGUCUGUUCCAGAACUCUAUUGAGAACGUUGAGGUGCGCCAUGACUUGCUGGAUUGUCAUAUCAGCAUCUGCUCUCCGCAGGUGGCUGAGCUGUUCACAGACAAUUUUGACUACCAGACACGAGAUGACUUUGUGCGUGGUCUGUUGGUGAAUGAGGAGGUCCUGGGGAACCAGAUCCAUAUGCAUGUAACAACAGAAGAGUAUGGUGCCCAUAUAUGCAACCUGCUAAUGUAUGAAGCUGUGUGUUCUGACAUCAUCCGGCGCUGGGUUUAUCCUUUGACUCCAGAGAUGAACUUCACCGAUGACAAGAAUCAGAGUUACACCCAUUCUAAACACAACAUUUACCGAGGGGUGGAUGUUAGCCUUGGCCACGGCAGCGUGCUGGAAGAGAACGUACUCAUUGGGCAGGGAACCGUCAUCGGCAGCAACUGCUCCAUAACAAACAGUGUUAUUGGGCAGAACUGUAGGAUAGGUGAUAAAGUAAUUUUGGACGGAGCUUUUCUCUGGGACAGAGUACACAUAGCAGAUAACGUGGAGAUCUGCCAUUCUGUUAUCUGCGAUGAAGCUGAAGUGAAGGAGAAAGUAAAGCUAAAGCCCCACUGUGUCCUCUCUUCUCAGGUAGUAGUAGGUCCUGGCAUCACCCUUUCUGAGGGCACAGUGAUCUCUCUGCACCCACCAGAUGAGGAGGAAGAGGAUGAUGACCAGUUCAGUGAUGAUUCUGGCGUGAACAAGGAGGAAAGCAAAGUGAAACUGAAAGGUUACAAUAAAAAGGAUGUAGGCUCAGAGGGCAGAGGCUAUCUCUGGAAAGCGGAUGACAAGAAUGAAGAGGAUGAAGAAGAGCAGAGGCAAAGCCUAUGGGGCCCAGCUAUGCAUUCAGAGGAAGAGAGCGAGUCGGACAGUGACCUCAGCAUGGGCUCUGAGGAGCCAGACAGUCGGGCAGCGUCCCCGCAGCUAGAUGAUAUCAAAGUUUUCCAGAAUGAGGUUCUGGGUACGUUACAGAGGGGUGAAGAAGAAAACAUUUCCUGUGACAACCUGGUCCUGGAAAUCAACUCCCUCAAGUAUGCAUAUAACAUUGGCCUGAAGGAGAUGAUGCAGGUGCUCAGUAAAGUGAUCCUGGAGUUCCCACUGCAGCAGCUGGAUGCAAACCUGGACUCCCAGAACUAUUUCUCAGCAUUACUUCCUCUGUUGAAGAACUGGACCCCGUUGUUUAAGAACUACAUAAAACGGGCGUCAGAUCACUUGAAUGCCUUAUUUGCCAUUGAGGAAUUCUUCCUAGAACAUGACAGUCUCUGCACGUCGAUAGCUAAAGUGUUGAUGACAUUUUACCAGCUGGAAAUUCUGGAAGAAGAUGUAAUUCUCAAUUGGUUCUCUUUGCGGGACACGUCUGACAAGGGAAAGCAGCUUCGUAAAAACCAGCGGCUCCAGAAGUUUAUCCAGUGGCUGGAGGAGGCAGAGGAAGAGUCGUCUGACGGCGACCAAGACUGAUAUGGUGGCUCGGCGUGAGAAGAGGCACUCUCACUGCCUUUCUGAGCCGAGUGGGCAGGGCAAGAUCAAUGCCAGUGCAUGGUGUGUAGAUGUGGGGCCUGACAUGGAAAUGACUGACAAUCCCAUCAUUAAUUAAGUUGUGUGUUCCCGACUUUGCCACUUCCCUCCCUCCCUCGCUUGCCCGGUGGCACCUUAUGUCGGAUGGUUGCAGCCCAGUGCAAAAACCAUAAGGGAAAAGCAGGAGGUGGUGAUACCUAGAAUCCCUCUGGGGCCUGGAUAUGAUAUACUAUAAGCUAUCUUUUGGGAGGUCCUUGUUACUAACACAAAGGGAGCAAAUAGAUGCAAAUGCAUACAAUGCCCUUAUAAAUCUAACCAUCGGGGUCGUGGAAGAAUGGUCAUACAGCUAAGUUACCUGGAGUGAUUGUUGCUUCUGGAGCUAAGGGAACUCCUGCUGAAGAGACACUGGCAAGGUUGGCAAGUAGGAGCAUGUGGAUUAGGAUCUGGAGUGCAGGACUGGGAUUCAGGAGUUCCUGUGCCUAGAGAAGAUGCAGUUGUCUGAGAAUGCCCAAGGCAUUUUGCAGCCUAGAAGGCACUUCUGUGAUCCUUCCAAAAGGGAAAAUCUCUUGCCAUCUGCCAUGCUAGGAUCUAACACAAGGUUGCACAGUAGAGUUGGUAAAACCAUGUGUUUCCCCCUUCUGUAGAACGGGGGAUAAUACGUGCUCAGUUCCCCCUGCGGGGGUUAGCUAAUAGUGGAUGUGCACUGGCCAGUGAAAUGCUGUAUGGAUCACUGUACAUCUUAGAUGUGAUCUGUCUUCUGUACAUCCCCAGCUUAGCAGACAUGUUUUAGAGAAGUGUCUGUUUCUUUCUUUAUAUUUUUUUUUUUUUUUUUAUAAAAAGGGAGCAGAGGUGCCUGGCUCCUCCUGCUGCACCAACUAUACUUGUGUUUUGCUCUGGAGGCACUGACUCUACCAGCUGCUUUAAGAAGGAUGCAGGUUCCGAAGUUCUGCUCCAGUGUGAGAAGGAGCAAAUGGUAUUUCCUUCAACAGCACGUGCUUUUUGUUUCCACAUGAUUUCAGUUAUACAAGCUUGCUUACUUCAUGUCCUUUUAUUUAUUUGAAAACUUCCCUUCCCUCAGACAGCAGGGAAAGUGCUGCAAACCCACUGUAAAGUUCAGCAGCCACAGAGAACUCGGCAUGCAGCAGGGAAUGAGCGUGCUUCUGGCACUUUGUUGCCAGCACAGACAAUGUGUGGCAGCAAUAAGGCCUUUAAGAACAGCUUUCUUGGAAGUGUCACUGUGCUGUGUUCUUCCCUGCUCUCAAAGAACAGCAAAAAAGGCACAGCGAGAAUCAGCUUUUGUUCAUAGGUGGGUUAUUUGUUGGAUACGCUGACCUUGCCUCUGCCCCUUCAGGAGGAGCAUGGAAUAAAUCCUGUGCAGGGGGAAAUGCACUGGAGCUGCCCACUCAGGAUAUUUACUUGGCCGUUCCGUGGUGCCACAGUUGUCAGUGAGGGGACAGCAUUGGAUGCUGGAGACCAGGGAUACUGCCUCUUAAAAACUGAUGUUCAGGCAGGGUGAUCUUGUGCACUCACACUAUCAGUUGCCAGGAUUGUGCGUAAAUGUGCUUUGUUUUCUGACAUCACAAACUCAGUCUUGUAAAUGUUGGGGAAAUAGUUGGUAUCUGAAUUUUCUGUAUCUGCCAAUAUUUAAUUCAGGGAGCAAAUAAAAACUAUGCUGGUGUUA